AAGAAAGCAAGUGAUGUUUUAAUUUUUUAUUUGAUAUAAUCAGACGUUAUGUAUUGUGCCGAAUAAUGCUGGUUGAGAAAAUCUCGAAAAAUAAAAAAUUAUAUAAAUUGAAUAUUUCUGACUCAUCAAUAUUAAACGACAGAAAUGGAAAAAACUAUUGAAGAUGUGUGCGAAGAACUCGACAAGUUAAGCCUAAGAUCAUUGGAACUAAUGGAGAAAAGAGUGUCAGUGAAUAUCGAACUGGAAAAACUAAUUCGUGAAGGUCAUAUAGAAUUGGCAAAAGCCCGUUACAUACGUGGGAAAGAAUCAAUAGGAAUUCUACAAGUACCUCAAGACGGUCAAGUUGAUUCCCUUUUUGAAUUGGAAAGAAAUUUGAUCGAAAGAAGAGGCAAAGAUUUACCCAAUUUCGAUAUAAGCUUAAAAGCAUCAAAGACAAAUGGAGAAAAAUCGUAUGAUCCUAUCAAGUGGUUUGGUGUUUUGGUUCCACAAAAUUUAAAGAGCGCACAAAAAAGAUUUCAAGAAUCUUUGUAUUUUGUUGUUGAAGCUGCUAAUAUUAAUUCCGAACUUGAUUCUAUUCCUAACGAACUGGAAGCCCUUCGAACACUGAAAAAAAAUCUAACUAAAUAAUUAUUUUUUUGAUCGAUUACUGCCAUGUCCGAUACGAACAAUGUUUAUAAUAAUAAAUAAAAAGAAAAUUACCACUAAACAA